CCCCCGGCGGCGGCACCGAGCUCCGGGCCGCCCCGAUUAAAGGGGGCGGGAGCGCCGGGGGCCGCCUGCGCUCGGCUCGGCUCGGCUCGGCUCGGCACGGAGCGGCUCGGCACGGCGCCCCCGGGAGGAGGCUCCCACGAUGAGCGGCCGGCUCCUGCUCCUCGCCGUGCUCCUGGGCCCCCCGGCUGUCGUGGCGCAGAAGAGGAGCCAAGUGGUGUGCGAGGACGUGCUGGAGGCCGACAUCGCCUUCCUGGUGGACGGCUCGUCCAGCAUCGGCAGGAACAACUUCCGCGCCGUCCGCGCCUUCAUGGAGGACCUGGUGGCACCCUUCGUGCACGCCGUGGGCGAGAAGGCGGUGCGCUUCGCCGUGGUGCAGUACAGCGACGAGCCGCGGGUGGAAUUCACCUUCUCCCAGCACGCCAACGGCACGGGUGUCCGGAGGGCCAUCCAGCAGCUGAGCUACAAGGGUGGCAACACACGGACCGGUGCUGGCCUUCGCUACAUCUCUGACAACUUCUUCGGUCCCACGCAUGUCCGGCCCGGAGUCCCAAAGAUCUGCAUCCUCAUCACGGACGGCAAGUCCCAGGAUGAUGCUGAGCAGUCGGCCGUGAAGCUGAAGAGCCAGGGCAUCAAGGUCUUCGCCGUGGGGAUCAAGAACGCCGACGAGAAGGAGCUGGUCCGUGUGGCCUCGGUACCCACCGACUUCUUCUUCUACUACGUCGGCGACUUCAAGCUGCUGGGCACGCUGGUGCCGCUGAUGACGCGCCGGGUGUGCACGAGCUCCGGGGGCACCCUGCGCACCCUGGACGGACCAGGCCACGCUGGCCCCUCCAACCUGGAGAUCCUGGAGCGAGGCCCUGACCUUCUGCGCAUCCGCUGGACCCCGGCCAGCGGCCCCGUCACCGGCUACAGGGUGCAGCACGUCCCGCUGACGGGGCUGGGGCAGCCCGUCGUGGCCGAGAGGCAGGAGGUGAGCCUGGGCCCCCGGGAGACCAGCGCUGUGCUGCGGGGGCUGCGCGUGGGGACGGAGUACCUGGUCACCGUCAUCGCCCAGUACGCCAACAGCGUCGGCGAGUCAGUUUCGGGCCGGGCGCGCACCCAGAGCCGUGCUGGCGUGCUGGAUUUCCGCGUGGUGGAGUCCGGAGCGUCCUUCCUGCGCCUGGCCUGGCAGCCCGGCCCCGAGCCGCCGCAGGGCUACGUCCUCAGCUACACCGUGCAAGGAGCAGCCCAGGGCGAGGAGAGGAGCCUGGGGGCCGGCGCACUGUCAGCCACCCUCAGCAACCUGCGCCCCGACACCGAGUACGUGGUGACGCUGCGGGCACGCCACGCGCAGCAGCCCGCGGCCACGGCCACCCUCACUGCGCGGACACAGCGCCUGGCGGCCGUGCAGCACGUGGCCGUGCACAACGUGUCGGCGCAGAGCAUGCUGCUGGCCUGGCAGCCCGUCACUGGUGCCACCGGCUACCGCCUCUCCUGGGCUGCCCUCACAGCAGGGCAGGACCGGCGCAAGGUGGAGCUGGACGCCAGGCAGACGUCGCACGUGCUGGGGGGGCUGCAGCCCGGUACGGACUACGUGGUGACGGUAGCCCCGCUCUUCGGGCAGCUGGAGGGGCCCGCGGCCUCCGUCCGGCAGAGAACAGAGGCUAGUGUGGAGCAGACGCUGCGGACCAACAUCCUGGGCCCCACGGCCAUCCAGGUGCUCUGGGUCGCCCUCCGCGAGGCCCGCGGCUACCGCCUGGAGUGGAAGAGAGCCACAGGACUGGAGCCCCCCAGGACGGUGUCGCUGCCCAGCAGCAUCAGCAGCUACCAGCUGACGGGGCUGCAGCCGGGCACUGAGUACCGCAUCACCCUCUACACGCUCUACGAUGGCGGGGAGGUGGCCACCCCUGUCACCACCUUCCAGACGGGCGUGGAGGUGCCCGUGGGCGCCGUGACGGACCUGCGGCUCCUCGAGGACAUGGGCAGGAGAGUACGGCUGGGCUGGACCGGUGUCCCCGGCGCCACUGAGUACAAAGUGACGGUGCGCAACGCCCAGGAUGGCACGGAGAGGACGAGGCGUGUCCCAGGCGGCCAGACGGUGCUGGAGCUGGGUGACCUCCGGGAAGGUGUCACCUACCUGGUGCGUGUCUCAGCCCUCGUGGGUGGCCGGGAGGGCGGCGCCGACACGCUCAACAUCCGUGUCAAGUACCCGGCAGUGGGCAGCAUCUCCGAGCUGCGGGUGGUGGAGGCCAGUCCCAGCCAGCUGCAGGUCACCUGGAGGGGGCUGCCGGGUGCCGGGGGCUACCGGCUGACGUGGCGGGCCAGUGACGGCCAGGAGCAAUCCCGCUUCCUCCCUGCCGACCCCACCACCUUCACCAUCGAGGGGCUGCGAGCUGGGACCGUCUAUGCCAUCGGUGUCUCUGCCACCGUCGAUGGCCGUGAGGGUCCCCCUGUCACCACCACGGGGCGGACAGCGCCCGAGCAGGUGGGGACAGUGUCCCGGCUGGAGGUGCAGUCGUCCAGGAGCAACGUUGCCCGUGUCACCUGGGUCGGCGUGCCGGGAGCCACCGCGUACCGCGUGGUGUGGAGCCGCAGGGACGGGGGCUCGGAGAGCAGCCAGCGGGUUCCCGGCCACAUCAGCUCCUUCGACAUCCCCGACCUGGAGGGAGGCGUCUCCUACACCGUGAAGGUCACGGCGCUCGUUGGCAACCGGGAGGGCAAUCCCGUCUCCAUCAUCGUCACCACCCCAGAGGCAGCCCCGGUGCCCACCAUCAGCGGAUUCCAGGUGACGGAGGCCUCGGAGCAGCGCCUGCGCCUGGCCUGGGUGCCGGUGGCCGGCAGCACUGGGUACCGCCUGGCCUGGCGCCCAGCUGAGGGAGGGCCCCAGCGCAGCCAGCAGCUCCCGGCUGCGUCCAGCUCCUACGAACUGGGGGGGCUGGAGCCCGGUCGGCGCUACCAUGUCAGCAUCACCAGCCUGGUGGGCGGCCGGGAGAGCUCGCCCGUCACCGUCACUGCCGUCACCGCUGCCCCCAGCCGUGUCACCAGCCUGCGGGUGACCGACGUGCGGAGAGACUCCGUAACGCUCGCCUGGACUCCCGCCCCUAGUGCCUCUGGGUACGUCCUGUCCUGGAGCCCUCCUGCAGCCGGUGGCGAGGCACAGCGGGCACUGCCGGGCACCGCCAGCUCCCAGCAGGUCUCCGGGCUGCGCCUGGGCCAGCGCUACACCUUCACCAUCCGCCCGCUCCUCGGCAGCGUGCCGGGGGCUGAGACCUCCGUCAGCGAGCGCCCAGUCUGCAGGGACGCCCGAGGUGACAUCGUCUUCCUGGUGCAUGGCACCCGUGACAGCUCCUCUGGCGCCGACACCGUGCGCAGCCUCCUCUCCAACACCAUCACUGCCCUGGGACGCCUGGGCCCCGAUGGCACCCAGGUGGGCCUGGCCACGUACAGCUACCGCAGCCUGCCCUGGCUGCUCCUCAACCGCUCCAGCGACCUGCCCGCCGUGCUGGAGCAGAUCCGCACCAUGCGCUACGAAGAGCCCAGCGGCAAUGCCAUCGGAGCAGCCAUCACCUUCGCCAGGACCUACCUGCUGAGCCCCAGCGCGGGGCGCCGGCCCGGCGUGCCGGCGGUGCUGGUGGUCCUGGCCGACGGCCCCUCUGGGGACGAUGCCAUCGCUGCGGCCAGGGACAUCAAGGCUGCGGGGGUGCGGGUGCUGGCGGUGGGCUUGGAGGGGGCAGACCGGGAGCAGCUGCGGCGCAUGGUGACGGCCGAGGACCCGCGCUUCGUCUUCCCCAACCGUGGCGCGCUGCAGGAGCUGGAGGGAGAGCUCACCGACGACCUCUGCACUAUCAUCUCCACCAGGCCGGAGCCGGAGCCAAAGCCCUGCGCCAUGCAGUGCCCCAAGGGCGAUAAAGGGGACCCUGGUGAGGCGGGGCCACAAGGGCGUACAGGGCAGCCGGGCCCUCCCGGAGAGCCGGGCCGCCACGGGCUGCCUGGCCCCCCAGGACCUGUAGGACCACGGGGUCCACCAGGAGAGAGUGUCGAGCAGCCAGGAAAGAAGGGGGACAGAGGAUUCCCUGGAGCUGAUGGGGGGCCAGGAAGCCCCGGCCGUCCCGGGAACCCUGGGUCCCCCGGGCAGCCGGGCACCCAAGGCGUCCCUGGCCCCCGGGGGGAUCCUGGGCCACGGGGACUGACGGGGCUUCCUGGCCUGAAGGGGGAAAAAGGCGAGCCGGGAGAGCCCAGGGUGAUUGUGGAUGGAGGACAGGGUCUGCCCGGACGGAAAGGGGAGCCGGGCACGCCGGGCAACCCUGGCCCCCCCGGCAGCCCUGGCCCCCGGGGUCCCUUUGGAGAUCCAGGCCCUCUGGGUCCCACGGGGCCCAUGGGGCCACCGGGACCUCCGGGAGACUUUGUAAAGGGGGAGAAAGGUGACCGAGGGGAGAGGGGCCCCCCCGGACUUGUGGAUGGGGCAGCGCCCCGAGGGGAGCCAGGCCCCCCGGGUCUGCCUGGGGACCCCGGUCCUCGGGGACCUGCCGGCACCCCUGGACCCAAGGGCGAGAAGGGUGAUGGUGAGGACGGUUUGCCAGGGCCACCCGGCCGCCCAGGGGACCCAGGGGACCGGGGCCCACGGGGACUGCCCGGGGAGCAGGGCAGGAAGGGAGACCGCGGGGCGCCAGGCGAGCUGGGAGAGACGGGCGAGAAGGGGGACCGUGGUGCGCCGGGUCCUGAGGGCGAGAAGGGCGAAGUGGGAGCCCCAGGACGGCCGGGGCCAUCGGGCAGAGAGGGAGCUCCGGGACCAACCGGACCACGGGGCGAGAAGGGUGAUCCAGGAGCGCCCGGCGAGCCCGGCCAGCCGGCAACCAGCGUGGCCAGUGCCAGAGGAGAGAAGGGUGACAGAGGCUUCCCAGGACCAGAAGGGCCUCCUGGCCCCAAGGGCAAUGUGGGAGAGAGAGGUGCCCGUGGUGACCCUGGUCUGAGCAUCCCGGGCCCGGCCGGCCCCAAAGGCGAGCAGGGCGAUCGGGGCAUCCCUGGCCUUGCUGGCAGGAGCGGCCCCAAGGGGGACCCAGGGGAGCCGGGCGAGAAGGGCGAGCCGGGCCGAGCGGGCACACCAGGGCAGACAGGGCUGCGUGGCAAGGAGGGCGAGCGUGGAGAGAAAGGUGACGAAGGCACCCCGGGCGAAGCAGGCCUGCCUGGCAAACCUGGAGACAGGGGCCCGCGGGGGCUGCCCGGGUACCGCGGCCCCCCCGGGGAGAAGGGCGACCCUGGGGACCCGGGUCCCGAAGGCAGAAACGGCGCCCCAGGAGCACCAGGGAACAAGGGUGACCGUGGCGAGCCGGGGCCUCCUGGACCUCCGGGACGAACAGUGGAUGCGGGGCUCGGAGGAGCAGGGGAGAAGGGCGAGAAGGGGGACCCCGGGGACCCUGGCGAGGACGGAGCGAAGGGUGCCAGGGGUGACACCGGCCCCCCCGGCCUGCCGGGAGAGAGAGGCAUCGAGGGCCCCCGCGGCCCCCCUGGCACACGGGGUGACCCUGGGGACCGAGGCUUGCCAGGAGAGAAGGGAGAGCGUGGCCCACCGGGGCUGGAUGGCCGCAACGGGCUGGAAGGGAAACCUGGGCCCCCAGGGCCCCCCGGGCUGAGGGGGGACCCAGGGAAGCAGGGGGACCCCGGCCGGGAUGGGCUGCCGGGGCUGCGUGGGGAGCAGGGCCCGCCUGGUGCCGUGGGACCCCUGGGGCCGCCCGGCCUCCCCGGCAAACCCGGUGAUGAUGGCAAGCCUGGCCUCAACGGCAAGAACGGAGAAGACGGGACACCAGGAGAGGACGGGAGGAAGGGCGAUAAAGGCGAUGCCGGGGCCCCUGGCAGAGACGGCCGCAGCGGUGCCAAGGGCGAGCAGGGGGACAGCGGCGUGCCUGGGCCCCCCGGCCCCCCUGGCCUCCCCGGCAUCCCUGGGCAGGUCGGCCCCCCAGGCCAGGGGUCACCGGGCCUCCGCGGGGUUGCUGGACCCAAGGGGGACCCAGGGGAGCCUGGACCGCGAGGGGAACCGGGGCGACCUGGCAUCCGUGGUGACCCCGGGACUGCAGUGAACAUCGAGCGUAGCCUGGAAGCCCUCGGCAUCAAGGUCUCAUCCCUUAAGGAGCUCACAGGUGCCUACGACGGGAGCUCGGACUCAUUUCUGCCCGUGUCCGAACGGCUGCGGGGGCAGAAGGGCAGCCGGGGGGAGCCAGGAGAGAGGGGCCCCCCGGGACGGGAGGGCUCCUUAGGCUUCCCCGGUGAGCGAGGACCCAAAGGUGACAAAGGGGACCAAGGCGCCCCCGGCCCCCAGGGUCCUGCAGGCCGGGCUGUGGGCGAGCGGGGCCCCGAGGGGCCGCCUGGGCAGCCGGGGGAGCCUGGCAAGCCGGGCAUCCCGGGGGUGCCAGGCCGGGCCGGGGAGCUGGGAGAGGCCGGGCGGCCCGGCGAGAAGGGCGACCGGGGCGAGAAGGGCGACCGGGGUGAGCAGGGCAGAGAUGGCUUGCCAGGCCCCCCAGGUCCCCCAGGGCCCAAGGCAGAUGUGAUGGAGGGCAGCCUGAUGGGCUUCCCAGGGGAGCGCGGCCCCCCCGGACCCAAGGGAGCAAAGGGUGAGCCGGGUGCCGAGGGCGAGCGAGGACCCAAAGGAGAUAAGGGCGAAGGCGGGCCGCGGGGCGAGCGAGGAGAGCCUGGCGAGAAGGGCAGGGAUGGCUCCCCGGGCCUUCCAGGAGAGAGGGGUCUGGCUGGCCCCGAGGGGAAGCCGGGCUUGCCAGGCUUCCCCGGCGUGCUGGGACGCCCGGGCAACCAGGGAGAGCCGGGGCCACCAGGACCUCCGGGCACCGCUGGCCCCCCAGGGACCCAGGGCCCAGCUGGGAUGAAGGGUGACCCGGGGGAGCCUGGUGCCAGCAUCCGGGGCUUGCCCGGUCCCCAGGGCAGCAUGGGACUGCCUGGCCCCCCUGGCCCCCCCGGCCUGGUGGGUCCACAGGGUGCCCCUGGGCUGCCAGGACAAGUGGGGGAGAGCGGCAAGCCGGGAGUGCCGGGCCGGGACGGCGUGUCGGGGAAGGAUGGCGAGCCGGGGAUGCCAGGGAAGAUGGGUGUGCCGGGACCUUCGGGCCCUGCCGGCCCCAAAGGGGAGCCAGGGGACGCCGGAGCCCCGGGGCAGGCCAUCACCGGCCCCCCCGGUGCCAAGGGAGAGAAGGGCGAGCCGGCGCUGCUGGAGGGAGUGCUGCUGGGCGAGCCCGGAUCCAAGGGUGCCCGGGGCUUGCCCGGCCCCAAGGGAGAGAAGGGGGAGCCUGGAGGAUCCGGAGAGCCGGGAGACCCCGGGGAAGACGGAGCCAAGGGGGCGUCCGGAGCCAAGGGGGAGAAGGGCUCUCCGGGUGUCGGUGUGCGGGGACCACCAGGACAGGACGGGCCUCCAGGCUUGAAGGGUGACAUCGGCCUGCCAGGACCCCCAGGACCCCCGGGCUUAGCGGGUAUCGCUGGGGCACUGGGACAGCCAGGCCUGAGAGGGGACAGCGGGCAGCCUGGCGUGCCAGGUCCCCCGGGAGAGCGGGGGCUGAUCGGCUUUCCCGGGAGGGACGGUGCCGCAGGACCACCAGGACCCCUGGGACCCCCAGGGCCAGCGGGCACACCUGGGGCCUCUGGCCAGAAGGGUGACAAGGGUGACCCCGGGGCCGGGCUGCCAGGAGCCAGAGGCGAGCGUGGCGACCCAGGACCGCGGGGUGAAGACGGGCGCCCGGGGCUGGCAGGCGAUCGCGGGCCGACGGGCUUGCCUGGAGCCCGAGGGGAGCGCGGGGACAAGGGAGACGUCGGGGCCAUGGGGCCCAAGGGAGACAAGGGCGAUAGCGUCGUGGUGGAGGGGCCCGCUGGGGCGCGGGGCAGCAAGGGGGAGCCGGGAGACCGUGGCCUGAAGGGCUCAGAAGGGGACAAGGGGGACAAGGGCGAGCAGGGCAUGCCCGGAGAGAAGGGGGCGAGGGGCGAGCAGGGCGAGAAGGGCUCCACGGGCUUCCCCGGGGCACGCGGCCCCGGUGGGCAGAAGGGAGAAGUCGGCGUGCCAGGGGAGCCGGGAGAGCCGGGCCAGCCCGGCCGGGAUGGCAUCGCUGGAGCCCGGGGAGAGAAAGGGGACGUGGGGUACCUGGGCAUGCGUGGCCCCAAGGGUGACCGCGGCAUGAAAGGCGCCUGCGGCCUUGACGGGGACAAGGGCGAGAAGGGAGAGCCGGGGCUGCCGGGGCGCUCGGGACUGCCAGGGAGGAAAGGCGAGCCGGGAGAGCUGGGGCUGUCAGGAGUGCCGGGGGCCCCCGGGAAGGAGGGACUCAUGGGACCCAAGGGCGACCGGGGAUUCGACGGGCAGCAGGGAGCCAAAGGAGACCAGGGGGAGAAAGGAGACCGGGGUGCUCCAGGCGUUAUUGGUGCCCCCGGCCCCCGGGGCAGUGACGGGGUUCCUGGCCCCCCUGGCCCCCCAGGCAGCAUUGGCCCGCGAGGUCCUGAGGGCAUGCAGGGCCAGAAGGGGGAGAGAGGCCCCCCGGGGCAGGCGGUGAUGGGGGCUCGCGGCGUGCCCGGCAUCCCCGGCGAGCGAGGAGAGCAGGGCAGUCCUGGUGCUGAGGGGCUCCGCGGGGAGAAGGGGGAGCCGGGCAUGACGGAGGAGGAGAUCCGGGCCUACGUCAGGCAGGAGAUGAGCCAGCACUGCGCGUGCGGAGGGCAGCUCCCGCGGCGCCUGGAUUCCCGUGAGCACUCAGGAGGCUGGGGGAGCCAGGCCAGGAGCAUCCUUCACGCUGCCCACGGAGGAGGAAGAAGUGUCCGCCAGGAGAGGGAACGCAGCCAAACAGGUCUAUUUUCCCAGUACCCCCCCACCCAGCCGCUCCCUGCUCCCAGCGCUCACCUCGUCCCUGUGCUGAAGCUGUCACACGCCGAGGAGGAGGAGGAGGAGGAGGGGCAGGACAGGCACGUCCUCAUGGACACCAACGACCUGGAGUACGACAGCACCUACGCGGAUGAAGAGGAGGAGGACUACGAGGCAGCCCUGGAGGCAGACAGCUCGGAGCAGCCUGCCGCUGACGCCUCAUCCAGGGCUGCCCGGCUGCUGCUCGGGAUGGAGCUGGGCUGCCCCGGCCCCCCGCAGGAACCUGGUGCUAUUUCUAACGUCUCUUUUUGUUGCUCAUGGGUUCUUCCCUUCACCUUUCGUUUUGUCGCCCAGUAAGGUGAAAUCUUUAUCAAAUUGGAGAUCGACCCCUUCGCAAGCCUUUCGCCCCCCCUCUCCAAACGCGAGCCUUCUCAGGCUGCUGCUGGUUUGGGUUUUAACUUAUUUGCUGCCGCUGGGACAGCUCCUGGCCCCGUGUCCCCUCUUGGGCUGCCUGGAGCUGGGACUGGGCAUGGCUGGGCCCCCUCCCCACAUCCAUCACCCUCAUCCCCGAGGUCGAAGGCUCCCCUCGUCUCCCCCUUGCCCCUCCAGGAACUGCCUCCUACUCCGUCCCCGGCCGAGGCGGUGCCUCCCUGCACAACCCCCUGCCCGCCCCAGCCACCCGCUCCAUUUGAAUAAAUUUCACCUCGCCCAGGACCUGGUUCCCCUUGGGCAGGCGUGCUGGCUUGGCAGCACCCUGCCAGCGCCACGUCUGCCCCCAACCCGGGAGCCAUCAGGGAAACCCUGAGGAUGGUGCUAUGUUAGAGGAGGUUCCUGCUCGCCUGCGCGCCCCCGAAGGCUUUGGGAAGGCGACGCAGGCUCCUCCGCGUGCUGCUGCUCUGUGUAUAUCUGUAUACAGCGAAUGUAUAUGUGUAUCACUGCGGGGCGGGGGGGCGGGACAGUAAAGGUGUGCUCACGGAAA